AUGGCGGAGAAGGAGGGCGGCCGGACUGUGCCAUGUUGUUCCGGAUCCAAAGUAGCAGCUCUCACUGCAGGGACGCUGCUGCUGCUGACAGGCAUCGGGGCAGCAUCCUGGGCCAUCGUGACCGUUCUGCUCAGGAGUGAUCAGAAGCCACUGUAUCCAGUGCAGGUCAGCCCCGCGGACACGCGGCUCACAGUCUUCGACGAGACGGAGGGGACGUGGCGGCUGCUGUGCUCCUCGCGCUCCAAUGCCAGGGUGGCGGGACUCAGCUGCGAGGAGAUGGGCUUCCUCAGGGCACUGGCCCACUCGGAGCUGGAUGUGCGGACGGCGGGCGCCAACGGCACGUCAGGCUUCUUCUGCGUGGACGAGGGGAGGCUGCCCUACGCCCGGAGGCUGCUCGAGGUCAUCUCCGUGUGUGACUGUCCCAGGGGCCGCUUCCUGGCUACCAUCUGCCAAGACUGCGGCCGGAGGAAGCUGCCCGUAGACCGCAUUGUGGGAGGCCAGGACACCAGCCUGGGCAAGUGGCCGUGGCAAGUCAGUCUUCGCUACGACGGAGCGCACCUCUGUGGCGGGUCCCUGCUCUCCGGGGACUGGGUGCUGACAGCCGCCCACUGCUUCCCUGAGCGGAACCGGGUGCUGUCACGGUGGCGUGUGUUUGCCGGCGCUGUUGCCCAGGCCUCACCCCACGGCCUGCAGAUGGGGGUUCAGGCAGUAGUCUACCACGGGGGCUAUCUCCCCUUUCGGGAUCCCAGCAGUGAGGAGAACAGUAACGACAUCGCUCUGGUCCACCUCUCCAGCCCCCUGCCCCUCACAGAAUACAUCCAGCCCGUGUGCCUCCCAGCUGCUGGCCAGGCCCUGGUGGAUGGCAAGAUUUGUACAGUGACUGGCUGGGGCAACACGCAGUACUACGGCCAACAGGCUGGGGUACUCCAGGAGGCCCGAGUCCCCAUAAUCAGCAACGAUGUCUGCAACGGUCCUGAUUUCUACGGGAACCAGAUCAAGCCCAAGAUGUUCUGUGCUGGCUACCUCGAGGGUGGCAUCGAUGCCUGCCAGGGCGACAGUGGUGGCCCCUUCGUGUGUGAGGACAGCAUCUCUCGGACCCCACGCUGGCGGCUCUGUGGCAUUGUGAGCUGGGGCACUGGCUGUGCCCUGGCCCAGAAGCCAGGCGUCUACACCAAAGUCAGUGACUUCCGGGAGUGGAUCUUCCAGGCCAUAAAGACUCACUCCGAAGCCAGCGGCAUGCUGACUCAGCUCUGA